UUUCCCAGCCUCAAAACGCGUUCUUCUGUCUCGCCACUCUCACUCUCCCUCCCAUUCUGUCUCCAACAAUGGCGUUUCCCUCCUCACUCAUUCUCCCUAUCUUCUUCUUCUUCGCCACCUUCCAUGUCUGCAACUCUCGUAGUACCUCACAGGAUUAUCUCAAGCUUCCUCUUCUCCGCAAGAACUCUUUCUCUUCCCCAGCUCAACUUCUCUCCUCCGACACGCACCGUCUUUCCGUCCUGUUCUCCGCCCUCCACGGCCAUCGCCACAGCGUCAAGUCUCCCCUUAUCUCCGGUGCCUCCACUGGCUCAGGCCAGUACUUUGUAAAUCUCCGAAUCGGCUCCCCGCCGCAGAGCCUCCUCCUCGUCGCUGAUACCGGAAGCGAUCUUGUUUGGGUGAAGUGCUCCGCCUGCAGAAAAUGCUCUGGCUACCGUCCGGGAUCGGCGUUCCUUGCUCGUCAUUCUUCCACAUUCUCGCCUCACCAUUGCUACGACCCGGCCUGCCGGCUCGUUCCCCGCCCGAGACCCGGCUUUCCCUGCAACCAUACUAUAUUACACAGCCCGUGUCGAUACGAGUACUCUUACGCUGACGGGUCGACGACGAGUGGUUUCUUCUCGAAGGAAACGACGACGUUGAAUACCAGCUCCGGGAAGGAAGCGAAGCUCCGAGAUCUCGCGUUCGGGUGCGGCUUUCGGAUUUCCGGGCCGAGUGUUACUGGUGCGAGCUUCAAUGGAGCUCAAGGGGUUAUGGGUUUGGGAAGAGGCUAUAUCUCCUUCGCUUCACAAUUAGGUCGUCGGUUCGGGAACAGGUUCUCUUACUGUCUUCUCGACUUUACCAUAUCACCGCCUCCGACAAGCUACCUCACCAUCGGCGGCGCUGAAAACGGUGCCGUUUCGAAAUCUUCUAGAAUAAGCUACACACCAUUACUUACCAACCCUCUGUCUCCGACCUUUUACUACAUUGGCAUUAAGAGCGUCUCCGUUAACGGCGCGAAAUUACCGAUCAACCCUUCCGUUUGGUCCAUCGAUAAACUCGGCAACGGCGGGACGGUCGUCGACUCAGGCACGACCUUAAGCUUCCUAGCAGAGCCUGCUUACCGCCAAGUUUUAGCUGCGUUCCGACGGAAGAUUAAGCUUCCGAUAGUAUCGAUGGAGCUGAAGUUGGGCUUCGAUCUCUGUGUGAACGUCUCCGGCGUGCGGAGGCCGAGCUUCCCAAAGCUGAGCUUCCGGCUGGAGGGGAAGUCGGUGCUGUCGCCGCCGCCAAGGAACUACUUCCUGGAAGUGGCGGAUCGGGUCAUGUGCUUGGCAAUGCAACCCGUGAAAACAGGAUCCGGGUUUUCUGUGAUGGGGAAUCUGAUGCAACAAGGAUUCUUGUUGGAUUUCGACAAGGACAGAUCGCGACUGGGAUUCUCGCGCCAUGGCUGCGCGUUGCCUUGAUGCCUCGAACCGGGUCGAUAUCAGUUCACGGGUCAACCCGCUUUCUCCAUAUAUUUUUUCGCAAAUGAAAUAAUGUCUACUAUUGCUUCAUAUGUUCUCAGAACUAAUUUUUGGACACUUUCGGUACAUCUUGCAUUAUUGUGAGUGUGAAGAUCCUCAGUUAUUUUUUUAAAAAGGACUUGAAUUCGUUUC